CGGCAUUGAUUUAUGUGCAAGACAAUUGCAUCCAAUCAUUUGCAGUUGCAAGCCGGGCCUGUUUUCUGGAUUCAAAUGAGCAAGAUACACUACUCAAAAAAUUAAGGGCCAAAAAAAUCCAAAUUCUUUAGUGAUUUUUGACAGGUUGCAUUUCAGUGAAAGAUGGUCGUACCUAGUGGCAACAUAGGAGGCAUUGGGAUUGGAGGGGAUACAACGGAACAUGUGAUCCGCCUUCAGUACAAGUUUGAGGUCGCUCGAGUCAUUUGGUUGACCGUAACGAUCUUUUUUGUGAAACCGUUUUUCCUAUUGUGUUCUAAAAAUGAAUGACCAAUUUCGAGCAACAGAAGGAAUUUAUUUUGAGGGUGACAAUAUAAAAUUGUAAUUAUAC